AUGGAGGAGAAGGUCUUCACUAAGGAACUCGACCAUUGGGUGGAGCAGCUCAACGAGUGCAAGCAACUGUCCGAGGGGCAGGAGAGCCUCUGCGAGAAGGCUAAAGAAAUUUUGACAAAAGAAUCUAACGUGCAAGAAGUGCGAUGUCCAGUCACAGUCUGUGGAGAUGUCCACGGCCAGUUUUCACGACCUCAUGGAACUGUUCAGAAUGGAGGCAAAUCACCUGACACAAACUAUUUGUUUAUGGGGGACUAUGUUGACAGAGGCAAUUAUUCAGUCGAAACAGUCACGUUGCUUGUAGCUCUUAAGGUCCGGUACCGCGAGCGUAUUACGAUUCUCCGAGGGAACCAUGAAAGCAGGCUCACACAAGUGUAUGGCUUCUACGAUGAAUGUUUAAGAAAAUAUGGGAAUGCAAAUGUUUGGAAAUACUUCACAGACCUUUUCGAUUACCUGCCUCUAACUGCCUUGGUGGAUGGCCAGAUUUUCUGUCUACACGGUGGCCUUUCUCCAUCGAUAGAUACACUGGACCACAUCAGAGCACUUGAUCGCUUGCAGGAAGUUCCCCAUGAGGGUCCCAUGUGUGACUUGCUAUGGUCAGAUCCUGAUGAUCGUGGUGGCUGCAUUUCUCCUCGAGGUGCAGGUUAUACAUUUGGACAGGAUAUUUGAACCUUUAACAUGCCAAUGGGCCUUACCUUGGUUUCCAGAGCUCAUCAGUUGGUAAUGGAGGGGUACAACUGGUGCCAUGACCGGAAUGUAGUAACGAUUUUCAGUGCUCCCAACUAUUGUUACCGCUGUGGCAACCAGGCUGCAAUUAUGGAACUUGAUGAUACUCUAAAAUACUCCUUCUUGCAGUUCGACCGGCACCACGCAGAGGCGAGCCACUGUCACCCGGCGCACCCAGACUACUUCCUGUGAGGAGCUGGCAGGCCUGUACAGUACCGCCGUGCCCCGCGCCUUGAGCUGGAGAGAGAAACGGGCAGAGCAACAGUAACUCCAAAAGUGUCAGAAAAAGUACCUAACGUUCAAACUUGUUUUUCUCAUGGACCAAAAGACGUGCCAUACUCAAAUCCAGAGCCUCUUGUCGUCAGCAACUGUGACCACUUUAGAAUGAACCAGUCAUUGCAUGCUGAAGCGCUGCUGUUGGUCGGGACCCCCUUCCUGCAUAGCGCUGUUUGUAGUUACUUUUGCUUUCUCUGAGAGACUGCAGAUGAUCAGAUGUAGACAUUAACACUCUGAAUACAUUUAACUUACCAUUUAGCUAGAGCUUUAUUCAGCAUGACUGUAGAUAAGGGUAGCAGCAAACAAUCAUUGAAGCUUAAAGACCAUUUUUGAGAUAAGUACCAAGGCCUCAUCUUUGUUCUGAAACUGUUUUAUUUUCAGGGAUAUUGGUUAAUUUAAUUGUAUGGAUUUUUUUUUCUCUCGUCUGCACUCAGUUCCCUUUUCCACUCUCUGCCCCACCAUAUUGUCCCUUGUAAUUGUCCAAGGAUAGUGAAUUACUUCGAACAGAACUGUUUUUUUUCUGUAAAACAAUGUUGCUGCAGGACAGAGCUGCAGUGUUUUUCAUAAUAAACUUGUGAACUAAGUAUGGAAAA